AUGGCUCGACCAUCAAGAAGAAACGCAAGAGUACCAACAACGACAACAAUUUUACAGUAUGAAGGUAAAACAAUUGAGAUAAAUAUAAAUGAUUUGGAUAUACAACAACUAUUGGGUAGUGGAGGAUAUGGUGUUGUUUCUUCUGCAUCACUUCGAAAUUAUCCAAAUGUUAAAAUGGCUGUUAAAAGAAUUCGAUUAGAAACCGAAAAACGUUUAUCAACAUAUACAGAUUUGACAACAAUUGAACGUGUUGGUACAAAGUCAUAUCCAUAUAUUAUUAAAUAUUAUGGAUCAAUCAUUGACAAAGUCGAUAGUGACCUACUUAUUUUUAUGGAAUUAAUGGACACAUCAAUGGAUAAAUUUUAUCGGACAAUGCAUGAACGUCAAAACUUAGAUUUACUCGAUUUAAUACUACAACGUUUGAUAUUCAGUAUUGUUUCAGCAUUGAAUUUUCUCAAACAACAUCGUAUUCUUCAUCGAGAUGUUAAACCACAAAAUAUACUUGUUAAUCGGCAAUGUGAAUUUAAAUUAUGUGAUUUUGGUAUUUGUGGUUACUUUACCAAUUCAAAAUCGGUAACAUCAUCGUUCAAGGGUACGGAUAUUUACAUGCCGCCAGAACGAAUGAGACAUAACGUUGAACCAUAUGGAAUUCGUUCGGAUAUUUGGGCAUUAGGUAUCAGUCUUGUUGAAAUAAUUAACGGAAGACACCCAUUUAUCGGUAUACAAUUUAUUCAAUUGGCUGUUCUAAUUCAAACAUGGACACCCAGUAUUGAUAAUAAAUCGAUAUCAUGCGAAUUAAAAGAACUCAUUCUCUACCUGUUAAAAACAGAUUAUAGACAGAGACCAAUGUCCUAUAAUGAAAUACUUGAAAUACCAGUUUUACAAAGUGUUCAUCCGACACCGUCAAUCGAUGAAAUAAACUACAUUAAAAACAUUAUUAACAAUAUUGUUUCAUAA